AUGAGCAAACCGAAAUCAUUGGUGCCAGAUAUCCGAAGGACAGCGUACAUUUCAAACCUUCCCUACGAUUUAACCAACAUUGAUGUACAUAAACUAUUUUCCAAGCACGGUAAAAUUGUGAAAGUUACUAUACUUCGCGAUAAAACAACCCGAAAGAGCAAAGGUGUUGCGUUUGUUCUUUUCUCCAAUGUACAGGAAGCACUGGAAUGUUGCAACGCAUGCGAUAAUACGGAAAUGUUUGGCCGUACGUUGAAGGCGAGUAUCGCAAAGGACAAUGGUAAAUCGGGAGAGCAUGCACAACGUAAACAGUAUCCAGAUAAAAGCCGCUGUUACGAGUGCGGAGAAGAGGGACACAUGAGUUAUAGCUGUCCCAAGAAUGUGCUUGGAAGUAAAACGCCACCAAGAAAGGGUGGCCACAUCAAAGCGAAACGAAAACAUGAAAAUGAAGAGGAAUCUAGCGGUUGGGGUAGUGAAUGUGAAUCGGAUGCACCCGUUGUAAGAGCUGAUUUCGAAACGGCUGCUGUGAAUGCUAAAAAGGUGAAGUACAAAAAAAGUGCUUACUUCAGCGAUGACGAAGAACUCGAUACAGAAGAUUAA